GAUAGAAAUUAAAUUAUGACUCAAGUCACAUUUCCUCUGUCUUCAGGCAGCUGUGUGGGUCGAUGCGGUGAGGUUUUCAACAGAGGCCGGCAGUGUAAGUGUGACUUCAGCUGCCUGCAACAUAAAGAGUGCUGCCAGGACUUUGAAGCUACAUGCACCAUCGCCCAGUCAUGUCAGGGUCGCUGUGGUGAGGUCUUCCGACGUGGUAAGCUGUGCGAAUGUGAUCCACUGUGUGUCCUCUACAACACCUGUUGCCAUGACUACAAACUGAACUGCAACGCCACAGUGCCACUCUCACCAGAGUCAUAUCGUAGUAGGUUCCAGUCUCUAAGGGCCACAGCUUCAGGAAAGCGGAAAUCACAGAAGAACAGGAAAUCCUCCAAUAGUGAGAGUGAGGAAUAUUUCACAGGGAGAGGUCGCUGCCCAGAGCACCUUGGGGAUCAGUGUCAAGGUUCUUCAGGCCUCCUCAACUCACUGACUGUUGGCUCAUCUGACUCCACCCCUUCCGCUGUACCAGCCAAUCAGCUACAACAUGGUGUGAGUAGCAUGCCUGUUGGCCUGCUGCCUGUGAUAGUCCCUUCUUCUCACAGCAGAGCUCCAUACUCACCAGCACCUGGCUCAUCUCUGCCCAUCAAUAAUGCUCCGUCUCUGGGCAGUGGUGCUCCAGUGAGCCCCGUAGCUCAUGGAGCUGCUGGCAGUAAACUGAAUGCCCAGCUUGUGUUGUCCCCUGGGGGAGCUGCUUCAUCUAUGCUUAGUCAAGGUUCCAGACCCAGCACUCUUCAAGAUGUAUUACAGGGCUUGGGGCAUGGAGGAUCUGAAGGACCAGGAACAGGGGUCUUUGCUGAUGUCGACCUAUGCAGCGAUUCUCCCAUCAAUGGACUGACAGCGCUCAUUAACGGGACCAUUCUGGUAUUUAAAGGCAAGUUAUUCUGGUCUGUUGAUCCCAUCAGCCGCUCUGUGGGUCAGCCACAAAGUAUCACAGACACUUUGGGCAUCUCAUCUCCCAUCGACACCAUCUUCACACGUGCCAAUUGCAAAGGAAACACCUACAUUAUCAAGGGGGACCAGUACUGGCGUUUAGAUGGGAACAUGGUGAUGGAGCCGGGUUACCCCAAACCUCUGGUCUCAGAAUUCCCUGGUUUGACAGGACAUAUCAGUGCUGCACUGGCAGUCCCAGCCACCAGGGGCAAACCAGAAACCGUGUACUUCUUUAAGAAUGGAGAAAUUUUGCAGAGCUUCACAUUCCCACCAGACAGCAUUCCUUCCUGCAGCAAGAAACCAAGAAAUUCCAUGAAUACUGGAGUUCUUCUGGGUGGAGAGAUCAACAUCAAAGUGUCUCUGAAGGGAUUCCCCACCCCCAUCACCUCUGCUCUGUCCAUGACCAGCCCUCAGGGGAGCGGCAGAUACCAUCACUACGUCUUCUCUGGACCUCUCUUCUUCAACAUCCAGAUUUCGGGUGACCUGCCGGUGCUGGCCAAGCCUGAUCCAUCUGCAUCCUUUGCACCUUUGCCCAUCCUCAGCCCAACUAUUGUGGCAACCAGUUCUGCAAACAUGGCUGGCCAGAGCACAGUCCUUCCCCAGGCAGCCAACUCUAUCAGAGUUUGGCUGCGCUGUCCUUAGGAAAGUCCUGCAGGAGACCUGUUGUAGUGUUUUCUUCGUUAACACGCACAAAAAAGCCUCCUAAUAAAUAAGUCUGCUGCUGAUUUUCCUCGUACAUUAAUAUGACAUUUAUAAUAUCUGGAAAUGCCAAAUAAAUACAUCACAAUUUUUUUACACUCUACACAUCCUAACCAUAUGAGUGUAUAUCCAGCACAACACCACAUAGUCUAUGGUGGGUUUAAGUUAAUCUACCCAUCAUGAACUGCAACAUAACCUAUAAGGAUUAUCUAAAGCCAACCCACAGUUUGAGGAAAAAGAAGUGUAAUUCACAGCUAUUUUCAUUAAAAGUAGAUUCCAGUGAUUGUCUCCACUGAUACAAAACAAAAGCAAAAGAUGUUGAGCAAUUUUAUUAUUUGAUCAAUUCAACAGAAAUAUUUUGUCAUUGUUGACAAAAUGUUUUGUCAUAAUUGAUCUUCGUGUCCUCCACUACAUCCUACCAAAAUAUUCUUCAUUUUAUUAAUAAAAAGCAUCCCAUGACACUGCUGCUCCUCAUAUUUCCACUUUAUUAUUAAAACACAUGUAUAAACAACCAAAGAUCAGAGGACAAAAAAAAGAAAAACUAACAAAAUAACACAAUCAGAAGUUCACACACCUGUCAGAUCUCUCCAGUAAUAGUCUGAUUUUAAGUGGAC